CACAACUGACAAAAAAAAAGAAUUUCUGCCUAAACUGGGUCCGAAUCUUAAUCCUUAGCUCUCACUUCCUGAGUAGCUAAGAUCACUACUGAGACUCAUCAUGUGCACACUUGGUUUUACUGAAUCCUAACAAGACCCUGUGAAAUGGUGAUUGCCACUCCCCAUUCACAGAUGAACAAAACAGUUCCAGAGGGGCUGUACACCUACAAAGUUGUACCCAGCUCUGCCAGGCACCAAAAUGGAGGUUCUUGGCAUUACCAGAGAGAACUAGUGGUGGAGUUGUUGCCUGAUGUCACACAACCUCACUAUUAUAGCCAGGACUUGAAUUUUUGUCUCUCAACUCCAGCCAAGCCAAGAGGAAGAUCUGGGCCAGAGGUGCCACUCUUACGAAACCUACAAAUGGGCUUAAGGUAAAGCUGCUGUAAUAGCAGCAGAGCUUGGUUAGGGGGACCUAAGAGUUGGUUUAAGGACUAAACAAAGCAGAAGCUAAGGCCAGAGCCCUGAGGGCUGGGCAUUAAGGAAGUGAGCAAGGGGAGAAGAGGCCACAGAGGGCCCACAGAUGCCAACCUUGUGGUGGUCUGGAGGGCCUCUCUUGCUCCAAAGCUUUGGCUUACUUCAGAGGAACCAGCUUCCCCCAGCAGGGAGGCAGGAAGGCUAACUUGUUGCCUGUCAGCUCCUAUUCCUUCCAGAUCACUGCCCCCCUGGCCCCUCCCAGGGCUGCCUUCUGCUCGAAACAGCCAGGGGCCUAGAUUCUGGAGCAAUACAAAGAUAGGACUCCCUAAACUAGAUCAGUGGCCCUCUUCAGGAGACCUACACCCAUCAGACCUUAACAAUAGUCUCCUUUCUCCAGAGCCACCCAUAGGGAGGCCAGAGAGUACUGGGGUAGGUAGGCAGGGAGCCAGGGCACCUGGAUCUGACAGGCUGUAUGGAUGCUAGUGACACUCUGGUCCUUUCCAAGCCCCAAUUGCCCCCAUCUGCAGAAACAGGCCUUGCUUGAUUAUCAAUGACCUGUCUUUUGAUUUGACCUUUCUAGGGAUAAUUUCUGUUAAUUGUUUUAGAAAAAAACAGCACAGCAAAAGGGGUGAGAGCUUAUUGCAGUGAUAAGGAAUAUUGGUCAAAGCUUCAUCUUAAUCAUCCCCAAGUGGAUGAUUUGAAUUUCAUUUGAUAUGGAGUAUCCCAGGACACCUUCUAAAGGCACUCUCUUAAUGGUCCUGCCAAGAUGUUUGUGAACAGCUUCUAUUGAAAGGGUUUCUAAAGUAGUGGUAUAGCAGAGAGGGUAGAUUUCCUUUGGGAAUAGCCAAAUGAGGUCUUCCUCUUGGGGUUCUGCCACUAAUACUAAGCCUCUCCAUUUCCCCUCCAGGAGAAUAGGCAUAGUGACACACCCUUGUGGGGCAAGUUGCUAGGGAAUAUCCCUGUAGAGGUGCACAUAGAUUUAGCACUGAGGAAUGACUAUGAGCUUCCCUUCCUCUUGAGAGAAGUUCCAGGUCCUCCUGGGGGAAUGGGGAAGGAACAAAGUUUGCCAUUGCAGUCUGGCCUGCAGCCCAGCAGGCCUGGCCCCGCCUCCUUGGUUCCUCCUUCUAGGGAAGGGCUGGGGAGGAGGGGUUGGUGACACCAGCAGUGGAGACACCAGCGGGCCUGGGGGGUGCUGCCACUGGGACAGGUCCAGACCCAUGGAACUCCCCGGGAGGAGCAGCAGUGUGGAGGGUGAUGCCCCAGGCAGUGACCUGAGCACAGCGGUUGAUAGCCCUGGGAGCCACCCCCCCUACCGACUGAGCCAGCUGCCCCCCACCAGCAGCCACAUGGGAGGCCCCCCUGCUGGGGUGGGCCUUCCCUGGGCUCAGCGAGCACGCCUCCAACCAGCCAGUGUGGCCCUGAGGAAGCAGGAGGAGGAGGAGAUAAAGCGCUCCAAGGCCUUGUCGGACAGCUAUGAACUCUCCACAGACCUGCAGGACAAGAAGGUAGAAAUGCUGGAGAGGAAGUAUGGGGGCUCCUUCCUGAGCCGCAGGGCUGCCAGGACCAUCCAAACAGCCUUCCGCCAGUACCGCAUGAAUAAGAACUUUGAGCGGCUGCGCAGCUCGGCUUCUGAGAGCCGCAUGUCCCGUCGCAUCAUCCUGUCCAACAUGCGAAUGCAGUUCUCCUUUGAGGAGUAUGAGAAGGCACAGAACCCUGCGUACUUCGAGGGCAAGCCUGCCUCGCUGGACGAGGGUGCCAUGGCUGGGGCCCGUAGUCACCGGCUUGAACGGGGACUCCCCUAUGGAGGCUCCUGUGGUGGGGGCAUCGAUGGAGGUGGAAGCUCUGUCACCACAUCUGGAGAGUUUUCUAAUGACAUCACAGAGCUUGAGGACUCCUUCUCCAAACAGGUGAAGUCACUGGCUGAAUCUAUCGAUGAGGCCCUAAACUGCCACCCAUCUGGGUCAAUGUCUGAAGAAGCAGGCUCCUGUCAACUGGAGAAGCGAGAAUCAAAGGAACAGCAAGAAGACAGCUCAGCCACAUCUUUCAGUGAUCUUCCACUCUACCUGGAUGACCCAGUUCCCCCACCAUCCCCUGAGCGACUUCCUAGUGCAGAGCCUCCACCCCAGAGCCGACCUGAGUUCUGGGCACCAGCCCCGCUCCCACCAGUUCCUCCAUCAGUGCCAUCAGGGACUCGGGAAGAUGGUGGCCGUGAGGAAGGCACUCGUAGGGGUCCUGGGUGUUUGGAGUGCCGGGAUUUCCGGCUGCGAGCCGCUCACCUUCCCCUGCUUACCAUUGAGCCUCCUAGUGACAGCUCCGUGGACCUGAGUGACCGCUCAGACCGCGGCUCUGUCCACCGCCAGCUAGUAUAUGAGGCUGACGGCUGCAGCCCCCAUGGGACCCUAAAGCACAAAGGGCCACCAGGCAGGGCCCCCAUCCCACAUCGUCACUACCCAGCCCCUGAGGGCCCAGCUCCAGCCCCACCAGGGCCCCUGCCACCAGCCCCCAACAGUGGCACUGGGCCCAGUGGUGUGGUGGGGGGUCGGAGGUUGGGGAAGUGUGAGGCAGCAGGUGAAAACUCUGAUGGUGGAGAUAAUGAGAGCUUGGAGAGUUCUAGCAAUUCCAAUGAGACCAUCAACUGCAGCUCUGGCUCCUCUUCUCGGGACAGCCUGAGGGAGCCUCCAGCCACUGGCCUGUGCAAACAGACCUACCAGCGUGAGACCAGGCACAGCUGGGAUUCACCAGCCUUCAACAACGAUGUGGUACAGAGACGGCAUUACAGAAUUGGCUUGAACCUCUUCAAUAAGAAGCCAGAGAAGGGUAUCCAGUACUUGAUCGAGCGAGGUUUCCUAUCUGACACACCGGUGGGAGUGGCUCACUUCAUCCUGGAGCGGAAAGGCCUGAGCCGACAAAUGAUAGGGGAAUUCCUAGGGAACCGGCAGAAGCAGUUCAACAGAGAUGUAUUAGAUUGUGUAGUAGAUGAGAUGGAUUUUUCUUCUAUGGAUUUGGAUGAUGCACUCCGGAAAUUCCAGUCCCAUAUCCGGGUACAGGGUGAGGCCCAGAAAGUGGAGCGACUCAUCGAAGCUUUCAGCCAGCGGUACUGUGUCUGUAACCCAGCCCUUGUGCGCCAGUUCCGGAACCCAGACACAAUCUUCAUCCUGGCUUUUGCCAUCAUUCUCCUCAACACUGACAUGUACAGUCCCAGUGUCAAGGCUGAACGCAAGAUGAAACUAGAUGACUUCAUCAAGAACUUAAGAGGGGUUGACAAUGGUGAAGAUAUCCCCCGGGACCUCCUGGUGGGUAUCUACCAGCGCAUCCAGGGACGUGAAUUGCGGACCAAUGAUGACCAUGUGUCCCAAGUGCAGGCUGUGGAGCGCAUGAUUGUUGGCAAGAAACCGGUCCUCUCUCUUCCGCACCGACGACUGGUAUGCUGCUGCCAGCUCUAUGAGGUGCCAGAUCCAAACCGCCCCCAGAGGCUAGGGUUGCAUCAGCGGGAGGUCUUCCUCUUCAAUGAUCUCCUUGUGGUCACCAAAAUUUUCCAGAAGAAGAAGAUCUUGGUGACGUACAGCUUCCGUCAGUCCUUUCCCCUGGUGGAAAUGCACAUGCAGCUCUUCCAGAAUUCAUAUUACCAGUUUGGAAUAAAAUUACUGUCUGCAGUACCUGGCGGGGAACGCAAAGUCCUCAUCAUUUUUAAUGCCCCCAGCCUCCAGGACCGGCUACGCUUCACGUCUGACUUGCGCGAGUCCAUUGCUGAAGUGCAAGAGAUGGAGAAAUAUCGUGUGGAGUCGGAGUUGGAGAAGCAGAAAGGUAUGAUACGGCCUAAUGCCUCACAGCCAGGAGGAGCCAAGGACUCAGUGAAUGGGACACUGGCCCGAAGUAGCCUGGAGGACACAUACGGGGCAGGCGAUGGGCUCAAACGGGGAGCACUCAGCAGUUCCCUACGAGAUCUGUCUGAUGCAGGGAAGCGGGGGCGGCGUAACAGCGUGGGAUCGCUGGACAGCACCAUCGAAGGGUCUGUUAUUAGCAGUCCACGCCCUCACCAGAGGAUGCCACCUCCGCCCCCACCCCCGCCGCCAGAGGAGUACAAGAGCCAGAGGCCGGUCUCCAACUCCUCAUCCUUCCUGGGCUCCCUAUUUGGAAGCAAGCGGGGCAAGGGGCCCUUCCAGAUGCCACCACCACCAACAGGCCAGGCCUCUGCCUCUUCUUCAUCUGCUUCCUCUACCCACCACCAUCACCACCACCACCAUCAUGGUCACAGCCACGGUGGUCUGGGGGUGCUACCUGAUGGGCAAUCCAAACUCCAGGCCCUGCAUGCCCAGUAUUGCCAAGGACCCGGGCCUGCCCCGCCACCCUACCUCCCACCCCAGCAACCCCCUCUCCCUCCUCCUCCUCAGCAGCCUCCACCCCUGCCCCAGCUUAGCUCCAUUCCACCACCACCAGCCUCUGCCCCUCCUGUAGGACCACAUCGCCACUUCCAUGCCCAUGGCCCUGUCCCAGGUCCUCAGCACUACACCUUAGGCCGGCCAGGCAGGGCCCCAAGACGAGGGGCUGGGGGCCAUCCGCAGUUUGCUCCACAUGGCCGCCAUCCUUUGCACCAGCCUACAUCCCCAUUGCCCCUAUAUAGUCCUGCCCCUCAACAUCCUCCUGCUCACAAACAAGGCCCCAAGCAUUUCAUCUUUAGUCACCACCCACAGAUGAUGCCAGCAGCAGGUGCAGCUGGAGGUCCUGGGUCCCGGCCACCAGGGGGCUCCUAUUCCCAUCCCCACCACCCCCAGUCACCAUUGUCACCACACUCACCCAUCCCACCCCACCCCUCCUACCCACCCCUGCCCCCACCCUCACCUCACACCCCGCACUCCCCCCUGCCUCCCACCUCCCCCCAUGGCCCACUGCACGCCUCUGGGCCCUCUGGCACGGCCAACCCACCCAAUGCAAACCCCAAGUCCAAACCAAGCCGGAUUAGUACCGUGGUGUGAUAAAUGGCAUGAGCAAGCUGGAUAUCAGGAAAGUCUGAGGAAUCCACGGGAGAGAGAUCUUACCCCUCUUCUUCCCUCUGUUUUUCUCAAAAUAUAUAUACACAUAGCAGUGUCCUCCUCUCCACUUUCUCUCUGCCUUGGGAUCCCCUCCUCCAGCCCUUAGCAGUUGCCACGGGGGUUCCUUUCAGAUUUUAGGGCACUUGCCAUUUACAGCCUGGACUUAGGGCACUCUUUAAUGCUGAGGAGUGGUGAGGGUCUUUUAAAGAUCCUCAUCAUCUUUUUUUUUUCCUGUCUUCCUCUCCCCCGACUUGUCCUGGAGGUCUAGCUCUGUGGCCUCAACCUCCAGGCCAGUGUGAGCUCCCUUGCAGCUCUGGCUGGUGGUAAUGGGCAGAUGUCCAGAGCUGUAGAGGUGCAGGCUUCCCCAGAGCUCCCUGGCCGCAUGAGCCUAGGAGAAGAGAGCUCUGGAGAGCUGUGGCCAAGCCUCAGCUGGCUCAGCCCUCUCUCUGACCUCAGGGCCUGGCCACACAUCUCCAUGUGUCUUUCUGCCUCUUGGAGGACACAGACUGUCAAUGCACUCAGUGGGUGGGACCCCCGCUUUGGCUGGCCCCCCUCACAGGGCAGUGCUUCCUCUCUUUUGAGCCAGUCAAUGUCCUCUCUCCAGUAGGCCCUAUCCCAGACCUCUUUGGAUUCAGGAACUUGGCCUCACCCUGCAAAUGGUCUUAUCCUGAUCAAAGUUAAGACAGGUUUUCUUUGAAAGGGGGGGCUCAGGUCUGGGAUGAGAAGGGCACUGCCCUCCCUCGCCCAUAUUGCAUGCCCCCCCAUUCCCUUUCACCUCUCCCACCUACCACUGAAGACAAUGCACUUUACAGAUGAUUGCCCACACACCUCUCUGGGGCCAGGCACCUAACAUCAGCCCUGGGGAGAAGCUCCCAGAGGGCCACCCUGAGCCCAAAUGUCCUUCCUGAGGCAGAGAUAGAAGCCAUCAGAGCUGGGGCUGGGAGCCAGAAUGCCUGAGUCCUUUCUGUCCAUCAAAAUUUCCGCUGCCUCUCCAGCCCUUUUGCAGCCCUGUUUAUUUAUUAUAAAUAUAUUUUUUACAAAUUCCAGCUCCUCUUGCCCCGCAAUCCAGCUCCAUUCUCGGCUCCUACAUUCCUCUCCCCCUCUCCACUGUGGGCUGCCAUAUAUAUAGAUAGCACCUGGCUGUUGAAGAGCCAGGGACCCUGGGGCUCAGGGGUAUGUGGUGGUGGGAGGGGCUGUAUGGAGAGGAGCUGGGGUUCAGGCAUUGUCUUUUUUCCUCAUUGUAUAUAAGAAUGUAUAUUUGAUGCCUCAUAAAAGACC